AUGUUGAAAACGGGUAGAGUUUUAAUUCAAAAGCAGAAUAUUUUACAAAAUGCUCUCAUCCAAAGGUGUUUGUCAACUACUGCUGUGAAUCUGAAGACAGUUCAAAAUGCAGAUAAACCAUCAAAAGUGCCAUCCGAGGAUUAUUCCUUCGUGAUGAAUAUUUUUAGAGGACAAGUGGAGGCUCGUCAAGUUUUUCCCUAUCCAAAUGUCCUCGAUGAAGAGCAAAGGGACACACUCCAAACUCUUGUGAGCCCCACAACAAAAUUUUUUGAGGAAGAAAAUGACCCAGCCCGAAAUGAUUCUGAGGAACAAAUCAAUGAAAAGACACUGAAAGGUCUCUGGGAUUUAGGCGCGUUCUGUUUACAAGUCCCUCAAGAUGUAGGUGGUCUAGGACUGACCAACACCCAGUACGCGAGACUUGUCGAAAUAGUAGGAGGAAAUGAUUUGGGUGUUGGUAUCACUCUCGGUGCACACCAGUCGAUCGGAUUUAAGGGGAUAUUGCUUUUUGGAAACCCAGAACAGAAAGCAAAGUACUUACCAAGGGUUUGUAACGGUGAAUUUGCUGCAUUCUGUUUGACAGAACCAUCAUCAGGUUCAGAUGCUGGAUCCAUCAGGACCAGAGCAGAGCUGUCACCAGAUGGCAAACAUUACAUACUCAACGGCGCAAAAAUUUGGAUCAGUAAUGGGGGAUUAGCUGAAAUCAUGACAGUGUUUGCUCAAACACCGGUGCUUGAUGAGAAAACAGGAAAGACCAAAGAUAAGGUGUCAGCGUUCAUAGUAGAACGAUCAUUCGGUGGUGUGACAAACGGCCCACCAGAGAAAAAGAUGGGAAUCAAAUGUUCAAACACUGCCGAAGUGUACUAUGAUAACGUUAAAAUACCAGUAGAAAACCUUCUCGGUGGUCUAGGAAACGGAUUCAAAGUUGCCAUGAACAUCUUGAAUAAUGGCCGAUUCGGUAUGGCCGCAGCUCUUUCAGGUACAAUGAAGUCUUGCGUGAAACAAGCUGUCGAGUUUGCUACACAGAGAACGCAAUUCGGACAGAAAAUAAAUACUUUCGGAAGUAUUCAAGAAAAAAUAGCUCGCAUGACCAUGCUCCAUUACGUUACCGAGUCCAUGGCUUACAUGAUUUCUGGUAACAUGGACACUGGAUCACAGCACUAUCAUCUGGAAGCUGCCAUUUCUAAGUGCUUCGCUUCUGAAGCAGCUUGGUAUGUUUGUGACGAGGCCAUCCAAAUAAUGGGUGGUAUGGGAUACAUGAAAGGAUCAGGCUUGGAACGAGUCUUGAGAGACCUGAGGAUAUUCAGAAUAUUCGAGGGAACCAACGAUAUCCUGAGGCUGUUUGUAGCUCUGACUGGCAUCCAGUAUGCGGGAGCGCAUUUGAAAGAGCUGCAAAACGCAUUCAAGAACCCAACUGCCAAUUUGGGACUUAUAUUCGAGGAGGCAUCAAAGAGGAUGGUCAGGAAAGUAGGGUUAGCCAGUCCACCGGCUAUGGAACAUCUUGUUCACAAGGAUCUCGCUAGUUCUGCAAAUUCAGUUGCCAAGAGUAUCGAUAUGUUUGGACAAUCAAUCGAAAUGGUAUUGAUAAAAUAUGGAAAGAACAUAGUCAACGAGCAAUUUAUUUUGAAUAGGCUAGCAUCGGCCACAUUUGACAUUUAUACUAGUGCUGUAGUUCUAUCUAGAGCCAGCCAGGCUCUAAAAGAAAACUCUGAAACUGCAAAUCAUGAGAGGUUAAUGGCUGAGGCUUGGACACAGGAAGCAACCGAAAGGGUGGCAGCGAAUUUGAAAGCAAUAGCCACAGGAAAGAACUUGGAUACUUUCUCGAAGAUGAGUACGAUUUCCAGAAACGUAUGUGCAGCAGAAGGAAUAGUACAAUUGAAUCCUGUUAAAUUUUGA